AUGAGGCCCUAUUUUCUGCUUGACGCGUCACCAAGUGCGGUUUCCUCAUGUGAGAGGACGGCAGCUGUUAUUGGAAAAUAUAUUGUGGAGGGCGAAACUCUUUUGAAGGCGGUUUAUUGCUCCAAGUACUACGGAGUCGCGCUGUUUCGUAGUGGCCGUCUCGUGCUGCUGGCACCGGACUCUCCGGAACGGCAUGGGACCGUUAUCGAGGGUGGGGAUGGACAUGUUCGAGAUGUCGCCGCAGGUGAUACCCACAUUGUAUUUUGUAAAGAGGACGGUACCGUGUAUUCUUUUGGCUACAGUAACAAGCAUGGACAAUUGGGCGAUGGCACUGUGUGGAGGAAUUUGCCUUUUGAACAGGAAACACAUGCGACAGAUGGAUCUGAUGCUGGUGAGAAACGGGAGCUGCCAAGACUUUCCUCCCCGCAGAUGAUUAUUGGCUUUGGUGGUGGAAUGGAUGGAGUCGAAGGACACGUCUUAAACGGAAAGCUGCUCCAGGUACCUGUAGUUGCGGUUGCAUGUGGUGCUUUUCACACUUUGCUACUUACGAGUCUGCGGAACUGCGUUUACGCCUGUGGUCUUGGUGUGUCGGGGCAACUGGGAGGAAGGCGGCGUCCGGUGCUCCAACCCACAUUUAAGUCUAUUCGUCUCUUGUUUGGAUUGACCAUCCGCCAAAUUGCCGCCGCGGGAAAUCAUUCCUUUGUCCUACUGCAAACAGGGAAAUUGUUCGCCUUUGGAGAAAACCUCUGUGGGCAGCUUGGGUUCGGCUCAGUGAAGGCUGUCCACACACCCAGGGCUGUGGCGUUCAGUGGCGCCGUUCCUUCUGUGGAAAUGCGGCGCCCUUUAGACUCUUCUGUUUUCAAAAGCCUGCGGGCGGCUUGGGGAUCCGCGGAGAGCAUGUACUUCCCGCUACGUGUCGAGCGCUUGAGUCCAGAGCGGGACCCCAAUGAGCCUUUUAUUGUGUCCGUUUGGUGCUGUCCCACGAGAACUGUGCUGCUUACAAGGACGAUGGAGUGGCUGUCCUGUGGCCUUGCAAUUUCUCGGGGCCCAUGUGAAAUCAAAGCGCCUACCAUGAGAAUGGAUCGAUAUGGCCCGCUGGGACGUUGGAUAGAGCGCAAAGAAGAGGCCACGUCGUUUCGGAAGAUGCAGUGGUCUGAGAGCGUGGCAGCGGCACUGAAGGGUGUGGUUCCUCCCAUCCCUCUGGAAGAAUCGCUCAUGGAUGAGGUCCUUUGCGCACUUCACGUGAAGUGCUCCAAUAAUGCCGUGGUGUUGCUCAUUCGGAGCUCCGGUGAAUCGCAGCCGUCCCAUUUGUUUGUGCAAGGUGAGACGCCAGGUGUGUUUUUGGUGGACGAGGAUGGACGAACCCCAUUGAGCCCGGCUCCUCGCGCAGACAAACUCCUUCACGAUCACGAAGUGGACGACGAUGCUGCGGAGUUCUUCCUUACAGAAGCGCAGGGCAUCUUUGCAUCCGAGGCGUUUAUGGCCAUUAUGUAA